AAGCUUGAAUGACCAUCUAUAGCAAUGCAGCACUGAGUGACUCCCACUCCCACUCCCACUGCAAUUCCAAUUCCAAUUCCAAUUCCUUCUUCUCCCUCUCCUGGAGAACAGCUGCUGCCAGAAUACACUCGUUAUCAAGUGUGAACCCUCAGGCAACUGAUGUUGGAAGGCUUCACUCAGAAGGAGAGGAGAGGAUUGGGUUCAGCUGACUGUGGUUAUAAAGGGAGGCAUCUCUCUAAGCAGCUGGUUUGGGAGAGCCCUGGCCCAGAGGUGUGGGGUUUGUAAAUGGUCCUGGGCAGAGGAAAUCCUGGAGGUUUGUCAUCUCAUGGAGGUGGUGUGGUGGCCUGGCUGAGGAGCAGAGACGUGCAAAGUCUGGGUACUGGGGUAGAAACCUUGGGUAGAUUACGUGGUGGUCACAGGAGCUCAGGGUGGUGAGGAACAACAAAACACAAACCAGCUCCUGUGUACUGGGGACACCAGUGGCUGUCUGCUGGGACGUGCAGGUGGCUGUGCCACAUCCCAGGGUGGAAAGGAAGCCUGUGGCAGGGCAGAGCUGCUCCUCUUCUGCACCCCAUCAGGGGUGCUGGGAGGAGGUCGGCCUCCUCCAUAGGGUUUUAAAGACUUAAUGAGUAGGAUUUGGGUGACAUUUCCCUUCCUGUGCUAAGUUUGGAGUGUAAUUGUUCUGCUGCUUGUUCGAGCUUUUUGCAGCCCUGCUGUCUGGGGAGCUCGUUUGCGUAAUUUUGUUGGGUCCCGGCUAAUAAUGACGUCACUUAAAAACAAUUCAUUUUGCUGGACUGAGAGUGGGCUUUGUUGUCAUGGCAACCUUUGAUUCGGAGACUUGUGGGAAGGAGACAGCGCAUCGGCCCGGUUUCCUGAGACCUGACAGCGACGAACAAGAUUAAGAUUGGAGCUUAGUGAGUAUUAGGGGAAGAUCUCUCAUUCCCGAUGCGCUGGCAAUUACCAGGUCCAGCAGCCUGGCAGCAAAGGGCAGCCACCUCCCCGGUGAGCUCUCACUAACCCCUGUUGGGGUGGCUCCGUGAACGGCACCGUCCCACGUGCUGCCUCCCUAAGGCACGACAAAAAUCAGCCCCUCCUAAAAGCAUCCCUCAAGUUCAGGCACUUGAGAGAAAAGGGCAUCAGGACAUUUCCCUCCUGCUGGUGUGACACCAGAGCUUCGCAGGGAAGGGAAGCAAAGAGACCCUGCUGUGCCUCGUAGCUUCCAAGAGGAAAAGAGGUGUGAGAACGUGGGCUUGCUGCGGGCAUCUGAACCCUGCCACACAACACUGCCAGUUCACUCCUGCACCCAAAAAUCAAACUGUCCUGUCUGCUUCAUAUAUCAUCGCUGUCCGUGUCGGUGGGAAGCCAGAGCCCAGCUGGAGCGGUUAUUGAUGUCGUGUGAGCCCAGAUGAGCAUCUGCUGCUGUGCCCGGUGUGAGAGCACAGAGGAGUAUGAUUACGAUUACCUCAGCAUCAAUAAAACCUGGGUCCUCACCCCCAAGACACAGGAGACUGAUGCCACGCAGAUCCUCAACUCACUGCUGAAGAACUAUGACAACAAGCUGAGGCCCGACAUUGGCAUCAAGCCCACGUUCAUCGACGUGGAUAUCUACGUGAACAGCAUCGGGCCGGUGUCUGUCAUCCAGAUGGAAUACACCAUUGAUAUAUUCUUUGCUCAGACGUGGUACGACCGGCGUCUCCGUUUCAACAGCACCUUGAAGGCCCUCACGCUGAACACCAACAUGGUGAGCCGCAUCUGGAUCCCAGACACCUUUUUUAGGAACUCCAAGCGGGCUGAUUCCCACUGGAUAACCACUCCUAAUCAGCUCCUCCGCAUUUGGAACGAUGGCAAAGUGCUCUACACGCUCAGGCUGACGAUCGAGGCUGAAUGCCUGCUCCAGCUGCAGAAUUUCCCAAUGGACACUCACUCCUGCCCUUUGGUUUUCUCUAGUUACGGCUACCCACGUGAGGAGAUUGUCUAUCGCUGGCGGCGCUAUUCCAUUGAGGUCUCCGACCAGCGCACCUGGAGGCUCUACCAGUUUGACUUCACGGGGCUGAGGAACACCUCGGAAGUUCUCAGGACUGGGGCAGGGGAGUACAUGGUGAUGACAGUUUCUUUUGACCUAAGUAGACGUAUGGGUUAUUUUGCCAUUCAGACCUAUAUUCCCUGCAUCCUGACUGUUGUUCUCUCCUGGGUUUCCUUCUGGAUCAAGAGAGACUCUACACCAGCCAGGACUUCUCUGGGUAUUACCACUGUGCUAACAAUGACCACUCUGAGUACCAUCUCCCGCAAGCACCUUCCCCGUGUUUCCUACAUCACAGCCAUGGACCUCUUCGUCUCUGUGUGCUUCAUCUUCGUCUUCGCAGCUCUCAUGGAGUACGCUACACUCAACUACUUGGUGGGAAACAAGAAACCACUGGAGCACAACAGCAGGAAAGCUAGGCUGCCACCUGCUGGCGCACAGGUGAUGCCAUCCUUCACUGCCAUCAACAUCAACAACAUCAUGCAUUGGCCCCCAGAGAUAGAGGAUGAUGAAGAUGAAGACCCUGGCUCCCCAUGCCUGGAAGGAAAGGAAUGUGAGAGGUUCUUCUGCUGCAUUGAGGACUGUCAGACAGGGAUGUGGCGGGAGGGGAGGGUCCGCAUUCAUAUCUCCCGCCUGGACUCCUACUCCCGUGUCUUCUUCCCCACCGCCUUCCUGCUCUUCAACAUUGUCUACUGGAUUGCAUAUCUCUAUCUCUAGCUGUCCUUUGUUCUCAGCUGGAAUGGACUGGAAGCCAGAAGACAGGCUUUUCAAGGAGCAUAGAGAACGGUGUCUCUUCCAUUUAGUCGAUUGUCAUUCUGAACAAUCCAACCUGGUGAACUCCUUCAUCCCGCUCUCUCAUCUCUUCUGAGAAGAACCAGACGGCUUUUUUUUUUUUAGCCCCCAAUCCUAUCUCUUUAGAUAAUCUUCCCUUCCCAAAAACCCUCUCUCCAGCACCACCAGCAUUUUACUCCUUGUAAGAUUGCCCAGAAAGUUCUAUUUCCCAAAACAUUAGGGAUUUUGUCAAGAACUAAAUCCUUAAUGUUUAUUUUUUUUCAUCCACUCCCACUGCAAAAAUUCAUGGGAAAUGAUUAUAAAUGGAGUUUUCUGCAUAGCUAAGUCUGCAAAGGAAAUAAAGCAGAUUUUACAACUUCUGGACCAUCUCAACCAGAAUAGACUUUGUGUUAGGGGCUUGCCUGGGGGCUUCUAGGUCAGAAAGAGAGAAGGGGGGUGAAUGAGGGUGGCAAUACAGCUUUCCCACAGUAGCUGGGCUUGGUGAAAAUGUUUUGAACCUGCCCAGAAAGCUGACAGUGGCACAGACAAGAAUGGAGUAGCCAAAAGCCUCCACCAGCUCCACAUAGGAUAUCUGUGGAGAUAUUGCUCGUGGAUUGCUUCACUACUUGUACCAAGCAGCAACCAAGGCAUCCACUCAGUGAGGCAUUUUUCCUCAGACAGUGGUGAAAAGCACCUCGUAAGUUUGGAGUGCCUAUCUGCCUUACUGGAGCAGACUUUUCAGGGCCCAUGCUGGUAUUCUGCUUUGUGAUCAGGACUUGGAGUGGGGUAUGUAGUUUAUGUUCAGCAUAGCCAAAACUUGUAGAAAAUUCCUUAUGCUGUGAAGACUAGAAGCAGGUUCAUAAGUCCAUUGAGUGUUAGCUGUCUUUGGCCUGUUUCGUGUGAGCUGGGCCCUGUUCUACCAUACAUCAUGGUGGGGCAGUGCUCUCUUUCACGAGGACACUUGUUGAAACCAUCAGACCUGUGCAUGAUAAUAGGUGCUAACCUGAGAAAGCAGUACUUGAGAAAGGAACACUAUCAGCAGUGCUGCACCUACUUGUGGUGGGGAGAGAGAGUUCCUGCAGCUCAGAUUUUCUUUUUUUUUUAAUAUUUAAAAGAAAAGAUAGACUUCAAUAAAACUGUAUGGCUCCUUCCACCUGGAGGGCCACCAAGUCCUACCCCUUUUCUUCCCAAAGUCAGGAAGGGGAGCAAGUGUUACGUGGUAGUUCUCAGGAAGGUCUGACAGAAAGAGCUGGUUCCUAGUGGUCUCGUUUGCUUGUCAGGACCCUGUCCACUGCAACAGGAUUCAUCAACAACCCCAAAGAAAAGGGCUAGAGAAAUGCAAAAUACUGACUCAACUGUAUUUUGAAAUCGUAUAAUGUGGAAAGGCAAAUUCAGGUCCAAGGUCCAUAAUGUGUACAUCAUCUGCCUCCCCAUUGAUACCAACUGCUGAUGUGGCCCACAGCAUGAUUGUGAAAAGCAAUGUGAAGCAAUGUGACAUUAAUAUUUACUUACUGUGUAAAUUACAGACAAAAACAUUAUUUUUAAAACACACAUAUUAGAAACAAUUGCUACUUAAAAGGCUUGUUGUGAGAAGAAAGCUGGCAUGGCUGCAAAGAAAAGUUAGGAACAGCUGGCUUGCAGGACAUCUAACAGGGGCAGGAGGUUUUAUGUAUUCUUAGACAGCAAUUUGAUCUGUUUUAAAGAUGGAUUUUGACACUGUUAAAUCUGAUCUGAAUAAUGAAGUGUCAUGUUUAAUUCAUUCAUAAAUACAGCCUUACCUUGGUUGCAGAGGAACAGCUAGAGCGCCUAAUUAAGUAUACAAUAGUACAACACUCAGCUAAGUAUAACCUAAUGGGGUCAGACCAGCAUAGCUCUGGAAAGGGAAAUUGUGCCUGUCUAACCUGUUACAGUUCUUUUAAAAUACCAAGUAAGAGAUAAAGGUUACCCAGAAGCAUAAUUUGCUUAGCUACUCCGACAGCUUUUGAAAGGAUGGAAAGAAAUUAUGGCGGGUGGUUCUAACUGAGGAAAUUGAUUUAGCAAAAGAAUUAUUAAGGAGGUUCUAAUUAGAGGAAAUUAACUGAGGAGAGGGGGAAAAAGAAUUGUUAAGGAGGUUCUAAUUAGAGGAAAUUAAUGUUUUAGAGAGAGAGAGACAGAGAGGGAGAAGUCUAAGAAAAGAAUCAAAACAACUUCCAGACAAGGAGGGCUGCUGGGUGACAGUGCCGACUCCCAGCCAGGCGGGUUGAUGUUCUGCUCCUGAUAGCAAAGUGCUAUUAGAUGUGGCAAUAGAAAAGCCUCCUAUGACUCAACUGUACACUGACAGGGAGCUGGAUUAGACAGGGACCUGUGAUCUCUGCAGGGAGCCAAAAGGAAAGAGCAUCCUAGAUUAAAAUUGGCUCACAUGACAGCCUCUGAGUGAAGCGUGUCUCCACAUGUCAGAAGGCAGCUGCUGGUGUGUGUGUGGGAGGGGACGCCCUGGCGGUAAACCAGGGCCUGUGCCAAGUACGCUCAUUAACAGUACGAUGGCGUAAAAGGUGUACAGGCAAUGUAGGCUGCAGUGAGCGCAGGCAGCAAAAUCUGGAAAGGUAACAUGCAAGAAAGGACUGCUGGAAGGGGAAAUUCAAUGUACAUGUCCAAAAGAGUCCAAACAUCUCCAAUUCAUUGGAGCCUCAGAGCUCUUGGGAGCCUUGAUGGAUGGAGAUGAUCAUCAUGGACACCAGAGGAAAGACUUCAGCCUUGAGAGCAGCAGCACGUUGAAAUUAGACCUUUAACAAAAUGAGUCAGGAGAGAAGCACAGUGUACAAGCGACCUAAGAGGAUGACAGGGACUUGGGCAAAGUAGACUUGAAAGAUUAUAAGAUUUCACCCCAAAAAAAGAUAAAGCCAACACACACCUAGGUAAUUUAACCAAUGAUGGAGGCUUUGACAGAGGAAAAUAGCCUAGCGUGGGCUGGAGCACAAGGAAGCUGAUUACUAAGGCUGGGGAAGGAGGAGGGAGGGGGCUUUUUGGCUUAGGGAAAUCUGUGCCCAUCAUAAAUAGCUCAAUAAAUAAAGGCAUGCACGAAUUCAAGUAUGUUGUUAAGUUUCAACAAUAUCUCAAAAAAGGAAAGCCAAGAAAAGACAGAAAGAAAAUUCCACCAUUUUUCGAAAUUACUUUGCAAAGCUCCAGUCUUCUGAAAACAGGUGUAAGGAAUUCAGGGCACAGAGACACUCAGCAGCCAUGCGUGGCCCUGCUCAGCCAGGCAGGGGGAGCCGAGCCCCACUGCUCCCUUCCCAAAAUUGCAUCAGCCACCUGCCUUUCCCUGCAUGCUGUAGCUUCUGCCAUCACAGUGGGGGGGGGGAGGGGGGGGGGGUUGUGGUAUUGUAGUAUCUUUCAGAUCGGGACAAAUGUUGCCUUUUCACCAGAGUCUGACUAGCUCGCUCCAGGGGACACAGCCUGAGGACAUCUGGCUAAUGAGGGGAACUGGAAAUGAUUAUCUCAGCAUUUAUGUUUUAUGGCUUUUGUUUAGAAGAUGAAAUAAGUCAGGG